AUGGCCGGAAUGCUGUACCUCUGCGCGCUGGCGGCCUGCAUUUUGGGAGCCCUCACACUGCCGCCAAUCGUGCCCAACUCGGACAAGCUGUGCGUGGACGGCCAAAGAAUUGCCACCCCGUGCGUGUGCUGCAAAAAGGACUGCUGGUUCACCGUGGCUACGUUAGCCGCCGAAGAAUUGGGCCACAUCCCCGGGACCGGGGGGAGACGACGAGGCCGUAAAUACAUUGAAGCUGAUCCG